ACCAAGCUUUUCCUUAUACCAUUAAAAAACAACUCAUACGCUCUCUGUUUUUACUCCAUAGUCGACCAAGCUCAAAGAAAAGCCACAUAAAACAGAAAAUGGCUGCAACUUCUGGGGCAUUGCUAAAUGGGUUAGGAUCCUCAUUCCUUGGAGGGAAGAGAACCCAGACCUUGUUAUCUGCCGCCGUCUCAGCCAGAUCCUCUGUAGCUUCUUCUUCGAAGAGGUUCUUCAUCGUUGCUGCUGUGAAACCCAAGAAAUCUUGGAUCCCCGGCGUCAGAGGCGGUGGAAACUUGAUCGACCCUGAAUGGCUCGACGGCUCUCUUCCAGGUGAUUACGGAUUCGACCCGCUUGGAUUAGGCAAAGACCCAGCAUUCCUGAAGUGGUACAGAGAAGCAGAGCUCAUCCAUGGCCGAUGGGCAAUGGCGGCAGUGGUGGGUAUCUUCGUCGGCCAAGCAUGGAGCGGUGUCCCAUGGUUCGAAGCCGGAGCCGAUCCCAACGCCAUUGCACCUUUCUCGUUCGGAUCCUUGCUCGGAACCCAACUCAUUCUCAUGGGUUGGGUGGAGAGCAAGCGAUGGGUGGAUUUUUUCAACCCGGAUUCACAGUCGGUGGAGUGGGCGACACCAUGGUCGAGAACCGCUGAGAACUUCGCGAACGCUACCGGCGAGCAGGGUUAUCCCGGCGGGAAGUUCUUCGAUCCGUUGGGUUUUGCUGGGACCAUCCAGAAUGGUGUUUAUGUGCCGGACGUUGAGAAGCUGGAGAGAUUGAAAUUGGCGGAGAUUAAGCAUGCUAGGAUUGCCAUGUUGGCCAUGCUCAUCUUCUACUUUGAAGCUGGUCAAGGGAAAACACCCCUUGGUGCUCUUGGGUUGUAAAAUAAAUAUGAUUUAAUUGAACUUUUUAAUGUAAUGAUGAUGAUGUAGAUAAUCAAAAUUCAAUUUUAGAGAGAGAGAGAGAGAGAUUGAGGUAACUUCAAAUGUUGACCAUGAUGCUGAAUGAUUUGGGGUUCCCCUAUGUGAUCUUCAAAUUUUAAUGUGUUUCUUUGGUGGUGAAAAA